GGUCCCAGAGGACUGGACUGCUGCCGCUUGGGCUGGCCCCAGGGCCUAGGGCUGCCAGCUGUCUUUGGGGUAGAUGUGCCUGGGAGCUGUGCGUCCACAGCAGCCCAUGGGGGGCAGGGCAUUUUCCUGGGCACUUCUCUCUUUACCCUAAGGCUUGAUUUCCAUUUUGCACAAAACGGGAGAUGGAGUCGCUGGCACCCUGGGGACUUGCCUGGGCACAGAGCUGGAAGGGGGUCAGGGCCUCUGUCCAACCUGUCCCUUCAGUCUUGGAAACCAAGAUGGUGAAUGGGAUGAGGACCGGCCAAGGAGCAGCGUCAGACAGGAGCCGGGCCCUGUGCCAGCAUUUUCUGCCCCUAGUGCCCCCCCCUCACUGGCCGCUGAGUUUGAGGGCAGCAUUUGGUGUGGGUGAGGGGCUCCCUCCGUUGAUGUUGGAGUUUCCCCAGCGGGCGUCCUGCUCCCUGGUGACCUCUGUCCCCUCCCCCCUCAGUGUACCCCAGGCUGGCUGAGCCUCGAGAGACGUCUCCGCUGCACAGUCUGGGUCAUCUCAUCACGGACCAGAGCUACGUGUGUGCUCUCAUCGCCAUGAUGGUGUGGAGCAUCACCUACCACAGCUGGCUGACCUUCGUGCUGCUGCUGUGGGCCUGCCUCAUCUGGACCGUGCGCAGCCGCCACCAGCUGGCCAUGCUCUGCUCGCCCUUCAUCCUGCUCUACGGGCUGGCGCUGUGUGGCCUGCGCUACGUGUGGGCCAUGGACCUGCGUCCCGAGCUGCCCACCACCCUGGGCCCCGUCAGCCUGCGUCAGCUGGGGCUGGAGCACACCCGCUCCCCUUGCCUGGAUCUUGGCGCCAUGGUGAGCGUCCCCCCAACUCCAGGGUGCCUGGGAGUGGGCACCAGGGCCUCAGUUGCCGUGACGGUGCUGUCUACUCACUCUGCAGCUCCCCGUGGAGAGGGAGCUCUGGGAGGGCAGGGCCCCGUGUGGCCGUCCCUGCGGGGUCCCCUGCAGCCAGUCCACAGCGGGGGCUGUGUAGGUGUUUGUGGUGUGAGUGAGCCACGACCUUGUGUCCUCAGGGGCGCUGUCCCCGCGUCCCUGGCGUGUCCCGGUGCGAGGCGGGCAUGCCCAGCGCGCCCCUGCAUCCGGACGUGUGUGCCUGUGCCUGGCGGGUGUGGGGGUCGGCGGGGUCACACCUCCCCGUGUGCGGGGGGCUCCGUGUGGGCCCGCGUCUCCGUGGGGGGCCCUGGCUCGGACCCCCGGUGA